AUGCCAGAUGCCUUCGUCAGUACCUACCCUAUACCGGAUGAACGAAGCUGCGGUCUACGGUGCGCUUCGGCCGCCUUUGACAUGAUCCCUCUCUAUGUUGUUGGGGAUGAUAAAGUUUCUCCGCGAUGCGACAAUCAUGACAUCAACGUCAAAGUGAAGGAUCAUGCUUUAACUAACCACGACGAUAGUAGAGUCUGGAGCAUUUAUUCUACCAUCAUGUUCAACUACAGAUACCCCGAAUGA